ACAAUAAACCACGAGUAGAAGGCAACCAAGUGUUGUUGUGAUGCCGGAACGGGCCAUUUGAAGAACGUAGAUCGACUUCAUGAAGUAAAUUUCGCUGCGUUGACAACACUGUUGUCUCUAUCUUCAAAAUGAAGUGUGAUUCAUCUGAAUACUGGUCUCACCUAGUGAGAUCAUUCACCAUAUUGCUUUUAACCUGUGACAUAUACAACUUUGAUGUUGCUGAGGGUGUUAAUCCUGAGGUAGAACAGCAUUUAGAGAUGGGCAAAAGAUUGCUCGCAGCAGGGCAACUUGCGGAUGCUCUCUCUCACUAUCAUGCUGCUGUGGAGGGUGAUCCAGACAACUACCUCACAUAUUUCAAGAGGGCCACAGUGUAUUUGGCCUUGGGAAAGUCCCGUUCAGCGCUUCCAGACCUUAAUCGUGUUGUUCAGCUCAAGCCAGAUUUUACAGCGGCAAGGAUGCAGCGUGGAAAUGUUUUAUUAAAACAAGGCAAGCUGUCGGAAGCUCUUCAAGAUUUCACUGAUGUGAUGCAACGUGAGCCUCAGAAUGGUGAGGCCGCUGAGAAGGCUCACAUGGUGCCUGCCAUCAGGGAGGGUAUUGAACAUGCAAAAUACUACUUCGACAGACACCAGUAUCAUCUCGUUAUAGAAGCCUUAGAACAGCCGAUAGAGAUAUGUCCAUGGGACACAGACUUGCGAGAAAUGCGAGCGGAGUGCUUCAUCGCUCAGGGAGAGUUGUUCAAAGCGAUCAGUGACAUAAGGCCCACGGCCAAGUUGAUUCCGGACAACACCAAAGCGUUCCUGCGCAUGAGUUUGCUGCACUAUCAGAUGGGAGAAGAGGAGGAAAGUUUAAUGCAAAUCCGAGAGUGCCUUAAGCUGGACCCGGACCACAAGGAAUGUUUUAACCACUACAAGAAGGUGAAGAAGCUGGCCAAGCAGCUUGCAAGCGCCCAAGAGCUGCGGAACAACCAGCAGUACGACGAAUGCGUGAACAAGGCCAAACAGAUCGUGAAGACAGAGCCGGACGUUGUUCCCUUUGUGCUGAGGUCCAAGUCGUAUUUGUGCCAUUGUCAUGCGCAGCUCAGCGAAGUGGAUGAAGCUCUCAAGGCAUGCAGUGAAGUCCUGCAGCUGGAUCCAGACAAUGUAGAUGCUAUGGUAGACAAGGCAGAAGCUCAUAUAGCCAAUGAAGAUUAUGAAGCUGCUAUCGAAGAGCUUCAUGCAGCUCAGGAGAUUGAUCAGAACUCCCGAAAGGUGCAGGAAGCUCUGAAUAAAGCUCAGAAACUGCAGAAGCAGUCUAAGAAGCGAGAUUAUUACAAAAUUUUAGGUGUAAAAAGAAACGCCAAGAAAAAAGAAAUUCUCAAAGCUUAUCGUAAACUGGCAGCCAAGUGGCACCCGGACAAACACGAGGGGUCAGAUAAAGACAAAGCUCAAAAGGUGUUCAUCGAUUUAGCCGCUGCGAAAGAAGUUCUCAUUGAUCCAGAGAAACGUCAGAGAUUUGAUGCCGGAGAAGAUCCCCUUGACCCAGAGGAGCAGCAAGGCGGCCAUGGACACCCGUUCUUCCACCAAGGUUUCAACCCGUUUGGCUCAGGGGGCUUUUCAUUCAAGUUCAACUUUAACUGACACUAGCUUCUCGUUUAGGAUUGUUGUUUUCUUUUUCUCAAUUUUCAUCUCACCAUUGGUUAUGUUACAAAGCUCCACUGCUAUGUGCGCUCUCGUCUGUUGUUUCCUCUCUUCUUUUCAUACAGCAGGUUAGUCAACGACGCAGUGUGGUUUUUUGACAGAUUUUUUUCAGUUAUUUAUUGACCUCUGUUUCAGCACAGGAAUUGUUUGUUCUUUUUCUUGCGUCGCAUUGACAAAACUGAAGACAAUAUCCCGAUGUCGGGAAAAAUAAAAACAAUUCGUGUCCUGAAAGAAGCAAUUUCUGCUGCAGGUUUUCAUCUGUCUCUGGUUUUGCCAACAUUUUGCAGCGAUGGCCUUGUUGAGCACAAGAGGUUUUUUUUUCCCUUUUACUCCAACUUUUGUGUAGAUACCAAAGUAUUUGAAUAAACCAAAAUGGAAUUGUGAAAACUCAAAAAGUUAACAUAGAAAAGACCUGAAACUGAAACAAAAUCUGUUUCAGAGAAAAGGGAUUUCAGGCUGUUCUUGCAUUAUCUUUCAGAAUUUCUUUGUGAGUGCAAGGACCGAAAUAAAGCAAAGGGAGAACAGCUCCCUGUAAAACCAUUUCAACAGUGAGGAGUUUCUACUGAUCAUUCAGUUGAAAUGGCCAUGAAUGUAUCAUCUUUUGUCUUCAGCCCCCUGGUGAUUACUUUGCAGCCGGUUUAUCUCUUGGUUUGUGUGACUGAAUGAUGAUUGUUUUAUGCGUCUGAUUUGUGGCGAGCUCUAUGUGCCUGUGUGGACUGAGAUGGUUGAAAGAAUGGGUUGGCGAGCCUGUGGGCUUUUUUUUCAGGCUCCUUGAAUUUCAGAGUGGUUCAGAGUGCAUUAGACUUUCCACAUACCACUGUUGGAUUCUUUAUCUGGGGAUACACUUGUUUGAGGGGGGGGAGGUUGUUUUGUUUUGGGUUUUUUCCUUGUUCAAAUUUCAGACAACAUGCCACUUGGGGUCUUUAGUAUAUCUUGAUUGUUUCUUCCUCGAUAAAUUCUUGUUUCUAAGAUAUCAUGACAUUAACAUCUUUGAAGCACCGCAGUCCUUUUUUCAAUUCCUUUGGUUUUCCAGUGGUCCUCAUCUCUGAUAUUGCCUUAUAGCUAUUGGCCUAUUUGAUCCUUUUCACAUUUUAAUGCUUUGUGGCCUGACAAACAUCUUAUCAUCUCAUGUUUUAAUUUCACAUUGGGCAAUGAGGUUUGCAUUUUUAUAGGAAAUCUUCAGCACCUGUUCUGGUGUAAAAAAAAAUUCAUAUCAUUUUAUGAGAAAUGGAA